AUGCAGCAGAUGAAUGGUGGUUUGCAUCCUCAAGGAGUUCCACAGGUAGCUGCAGGUGGUAGUUUCCGAGAUUUCUUCCGCAUGAAUCCUCCGAAAUUCCAUGGUGGGCUGAAUCCUGUGAAGGCUCAGGAGUGGAUAACCGACAUGGAAAGGAUUUUACGGAUAGUGCAUUGUAGUGAAGAAAAUAAGGUUGUGUUUGCUUCUCACGUGAUGAAGGGUUCAACUGUGAGAUGGUGGGAGAGUGCUUCGACUCUUGUGACCAAUCAAGGAAUACCUAGAGAUUGGGAGCAUUUUAAGACUAUUUUCUUGGAUAAGUAUUUUCCUAGUUCUUUGAGGACCCAGAAAGAGUUUGAAUUUCAACAGCUCAGGCAGGGAACUAUGUCAGUAGUUGUGUAUGCUAAGAAGUUCGAAGAUAUGGCUGCGUAUUCUAGACAAGCCACGUACGCACCGGAUGAGAGGUGGAAGAUUGAUCAGUUUCUUUUUGGUCUGAGGGGUGAAAUUUCUCAUAGUGUUUAUCAAAGGGAAUUCACUUCUUAUGUUGAACUAUUAACAUAA